CUGAAAGGAUCUUUGAACAAGGCCAUGGCAACAUUAACUUUUUCUCACGUUACUAUUACAUUUGAUGACGCAAGAGCUGAAGCCGAUGGAAGUAGCGAAUCUAGCGAUCGGGGUUCAGAUGUCCUGACCUGUGGAUCAUGUCAACGGCCAUUUGCUCUGUCAGAUAUCGUCAGAUUUAUUCAGCACAAGGUUCUCACUUGCCAUAAGGAACCUUACGCUUCCUGCCACACGCAAGGUUCUACAAAUGAUCGGGACUCUGACGACUCUGGUCUUCCUCUUACCUCAAGGCGACAAUGUUCGUCAAGGGCGAGUGGUAGUAGGGUCCAAACGCCUCCUUUGGCUAGUCCAGCCCUGUUACCACCAGCCGAUCUCUUGUCGGAUGGCGGAGCUUCGAGUACGCCGAAAAGAUUGCUGGAUGAAACCAAUGAAUCUCACUGUCCGAAACGAAGAGCAUCUUCGAGUCCGAUAGAUCCUUGCAGUCCUUUGGAUCCUGCAGGUUUAGUGAACAAUGAGACCGGUGAAACCAAAGUCAAACAAGAACGCAGCGAUAGCAGUUCUGGUCAAGAUGAUGGUCUCAGUCCUCCACAUCCCGCCAAACGAUGUCGAACCGCUAUGGCGGACGCGGAGUCAAACACUAUGCAUAGUG